GGCGCCCAGCGCGCCUCGGAGCACACGUUCCGCGCCUCCUCCUGGCCGGCUCCCUGGACAUUAUGCGGCCGAGCAGCCGAGCCCCAGUCCUCCUGCUCCUCCGGCUCCUCUUGCGGCUCGAGCCGCUCAACUCUCCGCGGGCAGCGGCGUUGCUCAGCCGAGCGCAGACGGGACCCUCGCAGGGAGACCUCAGCGACUCCUAAAGUCCAAAGUUGGAGGCAGCGCCCGGCUCCUCGCGCUGCCUGCCGCUGCCGCUCCGCAUCGUCGCCGCCGCAAGCCGAGCAGGGCCAGAGGGAGGGGAGCGGGGUAGCGGGGGGGAGGGGUGUGGAGCACCAUGCCGUUUGUAUCCUGGGCCGCACUGCUAACGCUCCUGGUGCGGGACCUGGCGGUGAUGGGGAGCCCAGACGCCGCGGCGGCCGUGCGCAAGGACAGGCUGCACCCGAGGCAAGUGGAGUUACUAGAGACCCUGAGCGAAUACGAGGUCGUGAAUCCCAUCCGCGUGAACGCCCUCGGAGAACCCUUUCCCACGAACGUGCACUUCAAAAGAAGGCGCCGGAGCCUUCACUCCGCCGCGGACUUCUGGCCUGCCUCCGCUUCCUCCUCUACCUCCCAGGCGCAUUACCGCCUGUCCGCCUUUGGCCAUCAGUUUCUGUUGAAUCUCACCGCCCAUGCCGGAUUUAUCGCCCCACUCUUCACUGUCACCCUGGUCGGGGCGCCCGAGACGAACCAAACAAAGUUUUAUUCCGAGGAGGACUCGGAACUCAAGCACUGUUUCUACAAAGGCCAUGUCAAUACCAAGUCUGAGCACACGGCCGUCAUCAGCCUCUGCUCCGGGAUGAUGGGCACAUUCCGGUCCUAUGAUGGGGAUUAUUUUAUUGAGCCACUACUGUCCAUUGAUGAGCAAGAAGAUGAAGAACAGCAAAACAAACCCCAUAUUAUCUAUAGGAGCAGCACUCCGCAGAGAGAGUCCUCGACAGGAAAGCAUACAUGUGGGACCUCAGAGCACAAAAAUAGUCACAGUAAAGACAAGAGAAAAACUAGGACCAGGAAGCGGAGGGAGAGGAGUAGCCUGGCCGAUGAUGUGGCUGUAUUAAAGAGCAGCUUAGCAACAAAGGCAAAGUCCGCCCAUGGUAACAACACCGGCAGCCUGAGGGGAAAGAAGACCCACAGAAGAGCAAAGCGUUUUGUAUCCUCUCCACGGUUUGUAGAAGUGAUGGUGGUGGCAGACAACAGAAUGGUUUUAUACCAUGGAUCAAACCUUCAACACUAUAUUUUAACUUUAAUGUCAAUUGUAGACUCUAUCUAUAAAGACCCAAGUAUUGGAAAUUUAAUUAAUAUUGUUAUUGUGAACUUAGUUGUGAUUCAUAAUGAACAGGAAGGACCUUCCAUAUCCUAUAAUGCCCAAGCAACAUUAAAAAACUUUUGUCAGUGGCAACAUUCACAGAACUACCCAGGUGGUAUCCAGCACGAUACUGCUGUUCUUAUAACAAGACAGGAUAUCUGCAGAGCUCAAGACAAAUGUGACACCUUAGGUCUUGCUGAACUAGGAACCAUUUGUGAUCCCUAUAGAAGCUGUUCAAUAAGUGAAGACAGUGGCUUGAGUACAGCUUUCACAAUAGCCCAUGAAUUGGGCCAUGUUUUUAACAUGCCUCAUGAUGACAACAAUAAAUGCAAAGAAGAAGGAGUGAAGAGUCCUCAGCAUGUAAUGGCUCCAACACUGAACUUCUACACCAACCCCUGGAUGUGGUCAAAGUGUAGUCGAAAGUAUAUCACUGAAUUUUUAGACACUGGUUCUGGCGAGUGUUUGCUUAAUGAACCUGAAUCCAGACCCUACAUUUUACCUCCCCAACUCCCAGGAGUUCUCUACAGUGUGAACAAACAAUGUGAAUUAAUAUUUGGACCAGGUUCUCAGGUGUGCCCAUACAUGAUGCAGUGUAGACGACUCUGGUGCAACAAUGUGGAUGGAGCUCUCAAAGGUUGCCGGACUCAGCACACUCCCUGGGCAGAUGGGACGGAGUGCGAGCCUGGAAAGCACUGCAAGUUUGGAUUUUGUGUUCCCAAAGAACCAGAGGUUCCUAUGAUUGAUGGAUCCUGGGGAAGUUGGAGUAACUUUGGAAUCUGCUCAAGGACAUGUGGAGGGGGCAUCAAAACGGCUGUUCGAGAGUGCAACAGACCAGAGCCAAAAAAUGGUGGAAAAUACUGUGUAGGACGUAGGAUGAAAUUUAAGUCUUGCAACAUAGAACCGUGUCCCAAGCAGAAGCGAGACUUCCGGGAGGAACAGUGCGCUCACUUUGAUGGGAAGCAUUUUAACAUCAAUGGUCUGCAACCAAAUGUGCGCUGGGUCCCAAAGUACAGUGGAAUUCUGACCAAGGACCGAUGCAAAUUGUUCUGCAGGGUAGCAGGGAGUACAGCCUACUACCAACUACGAGACAGAGUGAUAGAUGGAACUCCGUGUGGCCAAGACACAAAUGAUAUCUGUGUCCAAGGCCUUUGCCGGCAAGCUGGAUGCGAUCAUGUUUUAAACUCAAAAGUCCGGAAAGAUAAAUGUGGGGUUUGUGGUGGCGAUAAUUCUUCAUGCAAAACAGUGGCAGGAACAUUUAAUACAGUACAUUAUGGUUACAACACUGUGGUUCGAAUUCCAGCUGGUGCCACCAGUAUUGAUGUGCGGCAGCACAGUUUCUCAGGGAAAUCAGAGGAUGAUAAUUACUUAGCUUUAUCAACCAGCAGUGGUGAAUUCUUGCUCAAUGGAGAUUUUGUUGUCACAAUGUCCAAGAAGGAAAUUCGUUUUGGGAAUACUGUGAUAGAAUAUAGUGGUUCUGACAAUGUAGUAGAAAGAAUUAACUCCACCGAUCGCCUUGAAGAAGAACUUCUGCUCCAGGUGUUGUCAGUGGGAAAGUUAUACAACCCUGACGUGCGGUAUUCUUUCAAUGUUCCAAUUGAAGACAAACCCCAACAAUUUUACUGGAACAGUCAUGGCCCAUGGCAGGCAUGCAGCAAACUCUGUCAAGGGGAGCGGAAACGAAAACCCAUUUGCACCCGGGAAUUUGAUCAGCUUACAGUUUCUGAUCAAAGAUGUGAUUGGCUGCCCCAGCCAGAACCCAUCACUGAGCCCUGCGGCACAGACUGUGACCUGAGGUGGCAUGUUUCUGGUAGGAGUGAGUGCAGUGCCCAGUGUGGCAUGGGCUAUCGCACAUUAGACAUCCACUGUGUCAAAUACAACAGGCUAGAUGGAAUGACUGAGAAGGUAGAUGACAGCUUUUGUAGCAGUGACCCCAAGCCAAGCAACCAGGAAAAAUGCUCAGGAGAAUGUUACACAGGUGGUUGGCGCUACUCAGCGUGGACGGAAUGUUCCAAAAGCUGUGAUGGUGGAACCCAGAGAAGAAGAGCUAUGUGUGUCAAUACCCAGAACGAAGUCUUGGAUGACAGCAAAUGCACACAUCAGGAGAGAGUCACCAUUCAGGGGUGCAAUGAGUUUCCUUGUCCUCGGUGGCAAUCGGGAGGCUGGUCAGAGUGCUUGGUCACCUGUGGCAAAGGGCAUAAGCGUCGCCAAGUCUGGUGUCAGUUUGGCGAAGAUCGAUUCAACGACAGGCUCUGUGACCCGGAGACUAAGCCAGCCUCGGUGCAGACUUGCCAGCAGCCAGAAUGUGCAUCCUGGCAGGCUGGUCCCUGGGGACAGUGCAGUGUCACUUGUGGACAGGGAUACCAGCUUCGAGUCGUGAAAUGCAUCAUUGGAACUUACAUGUCAGUGGUAGAUGACAAAGAAUGCAGUGCAGCAACUAAACCAUCCAAUACCCAGGAUUGUGAAUUGCCAUCUUGUCACAUUCCAGCAUUUCCCCCAGAAGCAAGGAGAAGCUCUCACAUUCACAGUGUACCAAGAACCCAGUGGAGAUUUGGGUCUUGGACUCCAUGCUCAGCUACUUGUGGAAAAGGUACCCGGAUGAGAUAUGUCAGCUGCCGGGAUGAGAACGGCUCUGUGGCUGAUGAGAGUGCCUGUUCAACCUUGCCUAGGCCAUUGGAAAAGGAGGAAUGUUCUGUGAUCCCCUGUGGGCGGUGGAAAGCAUUGGACUGGAGUGCUUGCUCCGUAACAUGCGGGCAAGGUAGGGCCACUCGACAAGUGGUCUGCGUCAACUACAGUGACCAUGUGAUUGACCAGAGUCAGUGUGACCCAGAAUAUAUACCAGAAACAGCUAAGGAAUGUUCCAUGUCACCAUGCCCUCAAAGGAUCCCAGACAGUGGACUCGCUCAGUACCCUUUCCAAAAUGAGGAUUACAGUCCCAGGAGUGCCAACCCAAGCCGCACUCAUGUGCUUGGAGGAAACCAGUGGAGGACUGGCCCCUGGGGAGCAUGUUCCAGUACCUGUGCUGGUGGAUCCCAGAGACGUGUGGUUGUGUGUCAGGAUGAGAAUGGAUACACUGCCAACGACUGUGUGGAGAGAAUCAAGCCUGAUGAGCACAGAGCCUGCGAGUCCGGCCCCUGUCCUCAGUGGGCCUAUGGCAGCUGGGGAGAGUGUACUAAGCUGUGUGGUGGAGGCCUGCGAACAAGAUUGGUGGUCUGUCAGCGGUCCAAUGGUGAACGGUUUCCAGACUUGAGCUGUGAAAUUCCUAAUAAACCUCCAGAUCAUGAGCAUUGUAACACACAUGCUUGUCCUCAAGAUUCUGCGUGGAGUACUGGCCCUUGGAGUUCGUGUUCUGUCUCUUGUGGUCGAGGGCAUAAACAACGAAAUGUUUACUGCAUGUCAAAAGAUGGAAGUCAUUUAGAAAGUGAUUACUGUAAGCACCUUGCUAAGCCAGAUGGGCAUAGAAAGUGCCGAGGAGGAAGAUGCCCCAAAUGGAAGGCUGGCCCCUGGAGUCAGUGCUCUGUGUCCUGUGGCCAAGGCAUGCAGCGGAGGAAUGUGAGCUGUCAGAUGGGGACACACAAAAUAGCCAGAGAGACGGACUGUAACCUGUACACCCGGCCGGAGUCAGAGCGGGCCUGCCAGGGCCCUCCCUGUCCUCGCUACUCUUGGCGGACAGACAAAUGGCAAGAAUGCACCAAGACAUGUGGCGAAGGCUCCAGGUAUCGCAAGGUGCUGUGUGUGGACGAUGACAAAGGCAGCGAGGUUCAUGGCAUGCACUGUGACAUAAGCCAGAGGCCCGCAGACCGGGAGAGCUGCAGCCUGCAGCCCUGCGAGUAUGUCUGGAUCACAGGAGAGUGGUCAGAGUGCUCAGUGACCUGUGGAAAGGGCUACAAACAAAGGCUGGUCUCCUGUAGCGAGAUUUACACCGGGAAGGAGAAUUACGAGUACAGCUUCCAAAGCACCAUCAACUGCCCGGGCACACAGCCCCCCAGCGUCCAGCCCUGCUACCUGAGCGAGUGCCCCGUCUCGGCCGCCUGGAGAGUUGGCAACUGGGGCAGCUGCUCAGUGUCCUGUGGUGUGGGAGUGAUGCACAGAUCUGUGCAGUGUUUAAGCAGUGAGGACCAGCCCAGCCACUUGUGCCCGCCGGACCUGAAGCCAGAAGAAAGGAAAACCUGCCACAAUCUGUAUAACUGUGAACUACCCCAGAACUGUAAGGAGGUAAAAAGCCUGUUAGGAACCAGGGAAGAUGGCGAGUAUUUUCUGACCGUGAAUGGAAAGCCUCUGAAGAUAUUCUGUGCCGACAUGAAAUCUGAGCACCCCAGGGAGUAUAUAUCCUUGGUGAGUGGCGACUCGGAAAAUUUCUCAGAAGUGUACGGACACAGGUUACACAACCCGACAGAAUGUCCCUACAACGGGAGCCGGCGUGACGACUGCCAGUGUCGGAAAGACUACACAGCCGCGGGGCUUUCCAGCUUCCAGAAAAUCCGAAUCGACCUGACCACCAUGCAGAUCAUAACUACGGACUUACAGUUCGCCAGGACCAGCGAGGGGCAUCCUGUGCCCUUUGCCACAGCUGGGGACUGCUACAGUGCUGCCAAGUGUCCACAGGGUCGCUUCAGCAUCAACCUCUAUGGGACCGGCCUGUCGCUAACGGAUUCUGCCCGGUGGAUCUCCCAAGGGAACUACGCGGCCUCGGACAUUAAGAAGUCGCAGGAUGGUACCCGGGUUGUAGGCAAAUGCGGUGGUUACUGUGGAAAAUGUGCUCCAUCCUCUGGCACUGGCCUGCAGGUCCGAGUUUUAUAGCUAAGGUGCUUUCAAGAGGAAGCCAUUAUGGGAAGGAUGAAGGAUCGUAAUGCAAUACCUCCACCUUAAAUUUGGGUGCCUGUGUGUGUGUGUGUGUAUGUGUGAGCGCGCGUGUGUGUCUGUGUGCAUGUAUGUGUGA